AUGUCGACUCCGGAGCCACUUCCCAACCCACAGCGUGUUAUUACCGACACCGAUCUGGGGAGCGGCAUCUCGCACUUCAAUACGACUCUGGACGAAAGCCUUGUGGUCAAGCAGGAUCUCGGAGGUUCCUUGUUCCGUUUGGGCUAUAUCACCGACAAGACCCCCAACACGCUCGAUGGCACCGAUCUCACCAACUACAUUGAGUACCUGGAGAAUGCCAGCGUGCCUCCCGUCACCCUUCCCGACGGCCGUGGCAUGGUGUGGUACAUCGACACACCGCCUGGUAAGGGCAGUCCUUUCCACCGCACCCUCAGUUUCGAUGUUGUUAUCCAGGUCGCGGGCGAGAUGGAAGUGACGCUUGAAUCUGGAGAGAAGCGCAUCCAGAAGCCGGGUGAUAUGCUUAUCCAGCGCGCUACGGCUCACACUUGGAGAAAUGCCAGCAAGGACAAGUGGGCACGCAUGGUUGGUGUCAUGUACUCAAGCAACCCUGUCGUACUCAAGAAUGGCACCGAACUUGGUCCUACUGGAAUUUAG